GGUUGAAGGCCAGUCCAGUGCUGUCCCUGGUCACCAGCCUAACUGGGCCUGACGUCGCCGAGGCAUCUGCCAGCUCCCCUGCCACUGCCUCCGAGCUCUGCGGAAGCCCUAGUAAGGACUAUGUUCCUGUUUCCAUCACUCCUGGUCCUCCUUCUGCGUGUGGUGAUAACAUCCUGCUCAGAUGCAAAACCCUGCGAGGAUGCCCAGAAGGCCUGCUCCCUGAUCACCUGCGGCAUCCCCGUCACCAACGGCACCCCAGGCAGAGACGGGCGAGACGGACCCAAGGGAGAAAAGGGAGAGCCAGGUCAAGGGCUCAGAGGUUUGCAGGGCCCUCCUGGGAAGAUGGGGCCUCCAGGAGAGAGGGGAACGACUGGGCCUCCAGGAGCAAAAGGCUCCAAAGGAGACCGUGGAGAUAAUUUGAUUGCCGAGGCUAAGCUGGCCAGCUUAGAGAGAGAAGUGAGCAGCCUGAGAGCAGAACUGGACCACAUCAAGAAGCUGCAAGCCUUCUCCUUGGGCAAAAAGAAGGGUAAGAAGCUCUACGUGACCAACAGGGAAAAGAUGCCUUUUUCCAAAGUAAAGGCUCUAUGUGCUGAGCUCCGGGCCACCGUAGCUGCCCCCAGGAAUGCUGAGGAGAACAGGGCCAUCCAGGAUGUGGCCAAAGACAUUGCCUUCCUGGGCAUCACAGAUGAGGCCACCGAAGGCCAGUUCGUGUACCUGACGGGAGAGAGGCUGACCUACAGCAACUGGAAGGACGGGGAGCCCAAUGACUACGGCUCAGGGGAGGACUGUGUGAUUCUCCUCACGGAGGGGAUCUGGAAUGACGUCUCCUGCCAAUCCUCCUUCCUGGCCGUCUGCGAGUUUCCUGCCUGAAGAGGCACGUGCUCAGCCCCUCCCUGGCUCCCUGCUGAACUCUCCGCUGCUUUGAAAGAGAAUUCAGUGCUGGUUUCCCUCCC